GCUUACGCUUAUAUAUAUAUAAGAUUAUCUACUCCGUAUGACUGGGAAGAAAAAGAAAAGAAAGAGAAGAGCUGCCCGGCAUAAUAUAGCCUGGUAAAGACAUGCAACUUUCCGUGCGUCGGGACCGACUAGGCAAGCCAAUGCAAUCCUACUGUGACACCCAUUGCGCUGCAACUGGCGUUCAAGGGUGCACAAGACCAGCCGCGGAUUCCCUUCUCCCCCAAGUGAGGAGUUGUUCCCUCAUUUUGAGAAAACUAAGCCUUGAUCCUAUACCCUCCGACUUAGGCAUUUCCUCAUCUGAUUUGAGAACUGUUCGUCGCUGCGAUCGCCGACGACCGGCAGUACAUGAAUCCCUGAGCGAGCAUUCAAAUGGGCAGCUCGUCGCACCAAAUGAAAGAGGGUAGAGUUUGAAAGGAUUAGCAAGUCUCGCUGCGUUGUUGUCACAAUGGACGGCUUACUACCCCAGAUACUGCCAAUGACGCUGCACCCUGACGUUGACGCCGUCAUCAGGAAGUACUUGCACAAAGCCCACACUCAUCUGCCAGCAACACCUUCAACCGGGUGCAUGCCGAGCAGUAUCGGCCUGUUCCUCUCGCAGUCCCUCUGCCUCCUCGACUUUCUGGCAGAUGGGCUAGUCAGCGGGCCGCAUAUGAAAGUCAACGCAACGGAUGCAAUCCAACAACUAGAGAAGGACAACGACCUAUCCGAACUUGAGGCGUUAGACGACCUGGUUGAGACUCACGUCAUUCUAAGGAAAAUAUGCACACGCAUCCAUGAUGCGGCUAAAGAGGUCCGAUUGCUCUGGAACGAGCUUCCCCUAUCUCCUCCCGUAGAGAGUCCAUCAACAGCGUAUCAAGCGCCAAGCGCCCCUGACGUUACAAUAAACGACAAUCUAUCUCCCGCCCUGGCCCAAGCUGACACACCAGAUAAACUCCAUCUUGAAGUUGCAUCGGACUGGGCAUCAAUUGGUCCGAGUGCUGGCCAGGCUGACACAGCGAUGCCUAUUAUCUCUCUCCAAAGUCAGCCUGACGAUCUCAUCGAGAACGUCGACCAAUGGCUGGAUUCUCUAAAGCCAAGAGGUACCGGGAAUUAUACGUGUCCAUUUCGCUUGAAUUGUGAGCGAGGGGGCGUCGGGGACGACGGAAACUUGAUUGUCUUCGCGCGCAAUUCGGAGAUCCGAGCCCAUGUUGAAAAGCAUUUAAAGCGUUGGAAAUGUAAUUUGCCAAACUGCCCGACGCGGAAAGGGUUCGCGCGCCAAGACCAGCUCAGGCGCCAUCAAGAGACUGUCCCUCAUCUCCCACUUGUAUGAGAAACUGAGGGAAAAAAGAAGAAACAGCAGUAUGAGUGUCAUAGAUAGUCAAUCUCCAUGUUCAUCAACCACCAAAUUUCUCUCUCUCUCUCUCUCUGUUUUUUUUUUUUUUCAUCAGUGAUUUAGAGUAUACUGCGACUUGCCAGCGUCAGCAAGGCUUAAACAGAUCGCCGCUGUGACUAUGUCAUUUCGAAGUUGUGUAAUUAAAUUUCAUGCCAGGGCAAGUGAAACCCCCUGGCAGAUGAAGAAACUCUGCCUGCAAUCAUUCUCGAUGUCGAAUGAGGUGGGGCCGUGUUUUCUCCUUCUGAGACGAUAUCGCCCCUCACGCCGCCGCCUAUUUCAAACGGUGUGUAUGGCUUCCACGUGUACGUGUUCAGCCAUUACCGCUUCAUCCCGGUAACUUGUCUCAUAGCAUUCACGGGCAGUCGAAAAUGACUCCAGAGACCCAAACCAAGGCUGCGGCUCUUGACUUGAGAGAUAGCUCAAUACGAAUGAGCCUCAACUCACAUGCAAACCGAAGCAUUCAGGUAUCCGAGCUGGACAUAUGUGUAUAAAUA